AUGGAGUUCAUGACCAAUCUGCAAAACGGGCUCGACGAGCAGAAACCCUCCCUCUUCGGUAAGUCACUCUGCCUGUCGCAAUUACCACCAACUGUCGCAAAGCUGACCUUCCAAUACNNAGAACUACUCUCCGAACAACAACUGGGUGCUUUGAUCCCGCCUUCCCUUCGAUACCUCCUCGCCAUUGCCACCCACCGCUACCCUCGCUACCUCCUCCGCAUCCUCAACUCCUUCGACGAACUCUACGCUUUCCUCUCCCUACUGGUCGAACGUCACUACCUACGCACUUAUGGAGGUGGCUUCACAGAGAACUUCUACGGACUCAANAGAGAAAGAGUGCUGCGCACGAAAGGCCAUGAGAUCCCUCGCGCCGCUCUUGGAGCCCCCGAACAGGUCCGCGAAACUCUGAGACUGCGAAACGCAGACGUGUGGAAGAACCUUGCUGUCAUGGUGGCAUUGCCAUAUACCAAGAGGAAGCUGGAUGAGCACUACGAUAUCCAUGCUGCCUCUGCGAAUAUCCUGGGUCCUGCCUUCAGAGGAGACGCCCUGCCAGAUAAUGCAACCUACAAGCAACGCAUCUUCCACUACUACAAGUGCUUCUUGAGGAAACUGUACCCAAGCGUCAAUGCUGCCUACUAUUUCGCUUUGCUGGCAUUCAACCUUGCUUACCUCUUCGACACUUCGAAAUAUCACAACCCCUUCUUCUGGCUCAUUGGCACGAGGAUACGACGCAUGAACCAAGCAGACUAUAAAGCCAUUGCUGAGGCUGCUGCUCCUGUGGCUCCUUCUCCUGGUGCAACACCAUCCGUCUCGCAAUCACUGUUCAGUCCCAGGACAUUGACGCACACGGUUUACCCGCGGCUAUUAUCGAGUCUGAAGAUCCUCCUCCCGACCUCAAUCUUUGCACUCAAAUUCCUGGAGUGGUGGCAUGCGUCAGACUUCGCAAGGCAAUUAUCCCGCAAAGCUGCUGAAGGACUCGAAUUACCUGCUCCCACCAUCUCUGGAAUACCAAAGACACCCACUCCGCCCAACAAAUCCGGAGUCACAUUCGCAACAACACCCUAUGAGAAGGUCCAAGCCAAAGAAGAACAAGACGAGAAAGAAAAAUCAAAACCGCCAAUUUCCGCCUCGACAAAUCUUCCCAUCUUCACUGUCGCCCCUUCAACAAAUUCGGCUUGUCCCAUCUGUCUCUCUGCCAUUCAAACGCCCACAGCAGCACAAACAGGCUACGUCUUCUGCUACACAUGCAUCUUUCGCUGGCUAGAGGGCGAGCACCCACGCCAAAUAGCAUUCAUGCAAGGAGGGGACUCGGCAGAGGGUUGGAAAGAAGAGACAGGAGGCAAUAGAGAAGGAAGCUGGGAAGAUGGGAGGGGUAGGUGUGCGGUCAGUGGACGCAGACUUUUAGGAGGCAGUGGUGGGUUGAGAAGGGUGAUGGUAUGA